CUUGGCCCCACACUCACACCCAACCCAACACUAAAACUACUCACACUACUCACGCCCAGCUCCUAAACGGCGCCGUCUGUCAGAUACUUUCGGUUAUCCUCAUUUUUUAAGACCUUUCAUUUUCAUCAAAAGAAUUUUCAGCUUAAUUUGCUUUCUCCCUCUCUCUGCACAGUGCAACUCUGUUUUUGUCUCUGUGUGCAGACAGAGAGAGAAGAUAACCAAAAGAGAAAAAAAAAAAAAAAAACUAAAAAGGAAUCUACGAGAUUCAAAUAUUUAGAUUUUGGAGUUUCAAGAAAUUUGUGUAUUUGCAAUGGGGAAAUCUCCAGGGAAAUGGAUCAAAUCCUUUUUUCGGGGAAAGAAGUCAUCAAAGUCCAAUUUGUCCAAAGGAAAUGACAUUUCAAAAUCUGCCAGUAAAGGAGAGAUAUUGAUUUCUUCUAAACCACCCGUGUCUGAUACAACUGUGGAACAUUCAUUGAUUGCACAACUUGCUCCUACUGUUGCUGCUAAAAGUGGAGCAGAAGUUGCUGUUAAGUUACCAGAUGAAGAGUUUGCUUUUUCAUGUGCACAAGGAGAUAAGAAUGCGAAGGAGGUUACGAAUUUGGGUUCACAGGAAGAUCCUGAGGGAAUCAGACAUGAAGCAGCUGCCACAAAGGCACAGGCAGCCAUUAGAGGUUAUCUGGCUCGUCGACAAUUUCGAACACUUAAGGGCAUUAUAAGGCUGCAAGCACUUAUCCGUGGUCACUUGGUUAGAAGACAAGCUGUUGCUAGCUUAUGUUGUGUGUGUGCAGUUGUUAAACUUCAGGCACUGGCUCGUGGCCAAAAUGUUAGACGGUCUGCUGUUGGGAUUCAAGUGCAAAAUACGUGCAACCUGGGAAAAGUUCAGGGUGCUCAAUGUUCACUUUCUUCUGGAAUAUGUACAUCUACACUGGAAGAGAAGCUGAUAAAGAAUGUAUUUGCUCAGAAGCUUUUUGCUUCUUCAAAGGGUGCAGUACCUCUAAGCCUUCAGUGUAGUGCUGGGGAGCCUAAUCCAUCCUGGGAGUGGUUGGAGCGCUGGACAAGGUCACACUUCUGGGAAUCCAGUGUACAACAAAAGAAAAUUGAUGAGCAUGAUAAGGUUCAGAAAGUGGAAACGAAACAAGGGAGGCCAAAACGAAAUGUCCAGAAGCUAUCCCGCCCUAAUGCUGAAAAUGGCUCAGGGCGCUCAGCUAAAGAAUCCUAUAAGUCAAAACGUAAUCCAAGAAAGCUGUCAAGCCAUCCAGUAGGUUCGGUUGAGGAACAUUCACAAAGCCCAAAGGAGAAGGUAAAUGGCAGUAGAAGAAAAACUUCCAAUUCCACAAAGGAGGGUUGUGCAAGAUAUGAUGUUGACAGUGGAAAAGAAAAGCACAGUGGGGGGAAGUCAUUUGCUGUUGCUACUGAAGUUCCAGAGGGAGCUAAUGAUAUGGCACUGGCUGUGGCACAGGUGCCUGAUGCUGAUGCAAGUCCACAAAUUCCUGCUAUAGAGGAUCAGUGUAGUGCAUUACAUGAGUGCCAUGAUUUGGACUUGACACCUGUGGGAAACAAUGGUAAAAUUGAUGAUAUUCAAGAUACAAAUAAGCAAUUAAACCAUAAAGAUUACCGUACUGGCAAUGAGAACCAGAAAAACAAUGAUAGAAGAUCUUCAUUUCCUCUGAACAUUGAGCAUCAGGAGAAUGGGGUUCAUACUACACCAAAAGUGCCCAGCUAUAUGGCACCAACUGAAUCUGCAAGAGCUAGGCUCAGAGGACAAGGGUCCCCCAGAUUUUCUGAAGAUGCAAUUGAAAAUACUGGCACAACCACUACCAGACGUCAUUCCCUACCAUCAUCCACCAAUGGCAAGUUUACUUCAAUGUCUCCUCGAGCACAAAAACUGGUUCAUGCAGCUAGCAAAGGAUUGAUCAGAAGUGACAGAUCUCUAUCUGCUUCUAGAGAUAGUACAGUUUCAGAUAAGGCGGUUAAAGCAGAGUGGAGGAGGUAAUUUACGUGAAGAAUGCUCUCCAUAGAGUUAUUGUACUGAGGAGAAAACAAAAAGUAAAGACUAUUUUUACAACACAUGCUGUAAGUUACAUAGUAAUCAUUAUCUGGUGUGCGGAGCUUGUCCAAGUAAUAUGCAUAGUUAUUUUGGGGUGGAGUAUUUAGGUGGGCUGCAUAUUUAAAGUCGAUCAAUUUAGGAAUCCUUUAUGCCUGUUGUGCUGUACAACUUCUUUCUCUUUUGUUCCUUUGUCCCGUAUGCAUUAGAUAUUCAGAUACCAGAAACUUUUCAGAUGACAGUUCAAACCUGUAUUUAUUACUGUGGUUCUUUAACAGAUGAAAAAAAGCAGCUUAACGUGUUUCUUCAA